AUGGCUUUAACACAAGAGUCCGUUUUGUCUUUUUUACUGGAGCGGGGCGGAACGGUGAGGAACGCCGAGCUGCUCGCCCACUUCGGCGCUCUCAUCCACGGCGGCUCGCCCGCGGAGAAGCAACACAAUAGGGAGCUGUUCAAGAAGUUGGUCAACAGCGUGGCCGUGGUUCGUCAAACCGACGGGGUGAAAUACGUGGCGGUCAAAAAACGGUACCGGGACUUUGUGAAAGAUGUGCCUUGUUCCACCUCGACUGUUUCUUGCGCAUCGCCCAAUCCAAUACAGGAUGCUCAAAUCGGUAAUCCAGACAUGGAGAAUGAGAGGAAUGCGCGCUACCUGUCGCACAUGAACUUGCAAAGAAGCAGCUCUGAGACAACUCUGAAAGUCUUGAACAUUUGUGGAGAUCACGCGGGGAGUCGAUCAUCAGAAGCUGUGUUUGCUGUCAUAGCAGUCACUUCUCCUAAUCAAAUGUGUGCACUUCAAGAGAUACCAAAAUCGACAUCACAACCUCAUUUCCCAUCUUGCAAUGGAGCCAAAGCCCUGCAAAUAUGCAGCAACACUGACCUGAAGAAGAGUCAAAGGCAGGCCGAUGAAGCCGAGUGCUGUGGUUCGGUGCCAUUGGAACCUCUGACCCAUGAAUGGCUGGUAAAGUGCGCCUCCGGGCUGUGGGGGCACGUCCACGCCAUGCUCUUGCAGGAUGCCCGCUUGGCCCAGAAGAAGGAUUUCAUCUCAGGCUUUACAGCGCUGCAUUGGGCUGCCAAAGAUGGAAACGGCGAGAUGGUCCACAAGCUGAUGGACGUCGCCCAUAGUAGAGGGACACACGUUAAUGUCAACAGCAAAACCCACGGGGGCUACACGCCUCUACACAUCGCCGCCAUACACGGCCACGCGGAGGUCAUGCUUCUUCUGGUGCGACAGUAUGGAGCAAGAGUUAAUGAGAGGGACAAUGAUGGCAAGAAGGCCUGCCACUACCUGGGAAUGGGGGUGUCAGAGGAGGUCAGGGCUCUUGUGGGAGGUGUGCAGCUGUCUAAAUACUGGGACAAGACAGAUGAUGAGGAUUACCGGGAGCAGCCAAAAGGUCUCAACACUAUCAGUAAGCUGUUUCAGCCUCACAGAAAGCAGAAGCACGCAACAAGACUUAUUCAGGACUUUUGA